AUGUCAUUUAUUCCAAACAAAGAGCUUAAAAUCAAAGAAAAGCAGGAUAAGCUUCUAAAAGAGUAACUUGAAAAGGAGAGAGAACAGCAGCUUUUACAAGAGAUCGAGAAGACAGAAAAGGAAAGAAUAAAAAAGAAGGAUUUGCUAACUUCUCUGUGCAAAUAUGGACUACCAACUGGUGAUCUUUAUGAAUUCGCUGCUUUAUAAAUCCUUCGUUACGAGAAAAAAAUAAAGACUUAAAAGAAGAAGGAUCUCGAAGAAAGAAUGAAAAAGAGAGAAGAAAGCAAGAAAGUAGAAAAAGUCGUAGUGGUAUAGGAUGGAAAAGUCCCAGCCUUAAAAGAGAAAGAAGAAGUUAAAAGAGAUGCUUCUCCUGAUAAAAAGGGUGCGAAAGGAAAGCAUAUUGAGGAAGAAAUUAAAGUUGACCCCAAAAAGAAAAAGACUAAUAGAGCUGAUGAAGAUUCAGUUGAAGAGGUAAAAGCCAAGAAAAAGAAGAAGGGAGCAGUUGAAGAGGAAGAUGAAAAACCUGUUGUUAGUAAAAAAAAGAAGCCUGCUGCUUAGGAAGAAGAUGAUGAACCUCCUGCUAAGAAAAAAAAGAGGGCAUCAGAAUUGAAGGAGGAGGAAGAACCUCCCGCAAGGAAAAAGAAAAAAGCUGCAGUUGAAGAAGAGGAGGAGCCACCAGCUAAAAAGAAAAAGAAGCCAGUUUAAGAAGAAGAGGAACCAGAAGAAGUAAAGGGUAAAAAGAAGAAAACUACUAAGGCAGUGGUUGAAGAAGAGCCUCCAGUGGAGACUAAGAAAGAAAGAGCCAAGUCGAAGAAAAGAGGAGCAGAUGAAGAAGAUGAAGCACCAGCAGCAGAUAAAAAGAAGAAAAAGGCAGAGCCUGCACCAGUUGAAGAAGCUCCCAAGAAAAAAUCCAAAGCUGCGUAGGAGCCAGUCUAGGAAGAACCUGAGCCCAAGCCAAAGAAGAAGAAGUAACAGUGA